AUGGCGAUACAGAGAGCUCAUAUUCAAGCGUUGAUGAACAUAAAACCAGUAUACAACGAGCGAGAUGUGCGUCGACUACGGGAAUUGUACCAUGCCUGUGAGACAAACUGCCGAGGUCUGAAAACCCUGGGAGUGGAUGAAAGUUCGUAUGCCACGAUUGUUGUUCCGGAAAUACUCGACAAGCUGCCGGAAUCCCUUCGUUUGACGAUAACUCGUGGGGCAAGUGGAUCAGACUUUCUAAGUUGGACGAUGAAGGAUAUUUUAAAAGCACUGCUAGAUGAAAUUGAAUUACGCGAAGCACACGAAUCAUUUACGACGAACACGUCAAAACAAGAACGAAGGAAACCACAGUUUCUAGAUGGAUCGGCGGCUGCUCUUGUAAAUCAUACUACCAGGGAAGGGAGGCCAAGAUGCGUAUAUUGUUUACAAGAACAUUUAUCACAAGAUUGCAAGAAAAUUCAGGAUGCUGCUGAACGUAAACAGAUUCUUCGUAAGUACGGACGGUGUUUUAUAUGUUUAAAAAGAGGACAUAUUAGUAGUGAUUGUUUAAAUACGAGUAAAUGUAGUGCAUGCAGUAAACGACAUCAUAGUUCUAUUUGUGAGAGCCAUGCUAAUGGGUCUAUAACCGCUGACGUCGUUCAUUCCACACAUUCGUGCGUUGGGUCAGCAAAUAGAGUAGCAUUGCAGACAGCUCAGGCUUUGGUGAUGGGAGGAAAGGAGAAUGUGAGAGUGCGGGUUAUGUUUGACUCAGGAAGUCAACGGUCAUUCGUUACGGGCAAGGUAGCUCAGAAGGCAGGAGUGCCAGCAAAGAGGAAGGAAUGGGUAGAAAUUAGAACGUUCGGACAGGAGAAAGUUGAAGGGAAGUUGAGAGAAGUGUUUGAAUUGAGUGUAGCCCCAGUACAGGGGGGAGAGAGUGUUAGCAUUGAAGUUUAUGGAGUAGACAGCAUUUCACAGAUUAGGAAUGAGCAUGUAGAGACAAGGAAGAAAGAUUACCCACAUUUGCAAGGGUUAUGGUUUUCCGAUGUUUGUAAGACCAAGAAUGUGUUAGAAAUAGAGUUACUAAUUGGCGCAGAUUAUUUGUGGUUAUUUCAAGAAGGGCGUACGGUUAGGGGCAAGAGUGAUGAACCUGUUGCGGUACAAACCAAAUUAGGAUGGGUGUUGUCAGGUCCACUGAAGAGUAGCUCUGAAGAUGAUGAUGGUCCUACAUCGUGUGCACAGGUAAGUGUAAACCUUAUUGGGCAUGUAACUUCAUCAAAGAAUAGGUCCCUUGAAGCAUGUGUUGAAAAAUUAUGGGAUUAUGAAACGCUAGGUAUAAAGCAUGAAGAGGAAGCUAGUGAGUUAUUAAAUUAUUCAAUACAUUUCAAUGGCCAAAGAUAUAGUGUAAGUUUACCUUGGAAGGAAGGGCAUAGUUUAUUGCCAACUAAUUAUAGCUGUAGUGUUCAGAGAUUAAAGGGACAGCUUUUAAGAUUAAAGAAGGAGCCAGAAGUUUUACAAGAGUAUGAUAGAGUAAUUAAAGAACAGUUAGAGCUAGGUAUUAUAGAACCAGUUGUAGAGUUAGAGAGAGCUGAUAAGAUCCAUUAUCUACCACAUCAUGCUGUGGUUCGUAAAGAUGCAAAGACCACUAAGGUCAGGGUUGUGUAUGAUGCAUCGAGUAAAGAGACUAAGAAGGGUGUAUCUUUAAAUGACUGCUUGCAUGUUGGGCCACCUCUAUCCCCGUUGUUGUAUCACAUUAUAUUGCGUUUUAGAGAAAAGCGAAUAGCACUUGUAGCAGAUAUAGAGGAUUUUUUAAAUAUUGAAAUUGAUCCGUGUGAUCGUGUCCACGGAUCAAUUUCAAUAUUUAAAAAAUCCUUCUCUAUAUCUGCUACAAGUGCUAUUCGCUUUUCUCUAAAACGCAAUAUAAUGUGA